AUGCAUCUUGAAAAAGUUUCAAGUGUUCAACCUGGUAAAGAUGUUCAUGAAAUAGUUGCUUUAACUUUUGGUCAAUGGAAUUUUGCUACAAAAAAAAUUAAGAGAAUGUUAUAUUGGAUGCCAAAAAUUAGGCAUACUAAUAAAUAUUUAGAUAAACGAGAAAUAGAUAAUAAGAAAUUAAAUGCAAUGGAAUUGGCAGAGUUAGCAUUAAAAAUGAUGUCUCGUGAUGCAGGAACAAAAAUUUCAGAUGCUCAAUCUGUAGAUAAAAAUGGCAAAGUAUCAUUUAUUGUUAUUGUUUUAUCAUGUGUUGAUCCAGAAUAUAGAGAAAAUGAAUCAACACUUCUUGAUAAUGAUUCUUAUUAUAAUUUAGAUGAUAUUGUUUAUGGUAUUGAAAAAGAAUUUAAAAAGACAAAAAAUAUUCAUCAACAAGGAGGAAAAGUUAUUUUAGCUUUAGCUGUUCUUGAAGAUAAUAGUAGAGAAUCUGCUAUGGCAUGGAUGAAGCACCUUCAAGACGAUAAUUCUAAUUUAGAAAAAGCAACAAUACUUUUUAGCUCAAAAACAAGUGAUGUAGAUGUUAUUUAA